UCCCUACACCCUGUGUGUAUAUAUAUAUGUAUGGAGAGAAAAAAACGUGGUCGAACUUUGUUCAGUAAACUCUGCCAAUGCUCUAAGCCAAGAUUGCAUCACACCCAUGAGCAAUUCGUGUAGCCGAGGGCAGGUUCUCUGCUUCACUAUGCUGGUAAAUGGAAGCAAAGCAGAAUGAGCAAAAGAAAAGAGGAAAUGUGUCAUCGCUGUGGUUUUGUGUUCAGAGGUUUAUGUCAAGGAAACGGCAGCAAGAAAAUCUCGUGCUAUAUUCAGAUAGCAACUGAGAGAUUUCUGAAGACACACAAGAGUUAGGACCCCUACUUGUGUAAAUGGCACAUACCAACCGGGGAUUCUGUAGCUGAGUGAAGAUUUCAAUAUUACAUUUACAAGGGACUCCCGAGAUCUGAAGAUGAUGCAAAGCCAACUGCAUUUUGUGGUAAUGGCUGGAGCUGCAAUCUUGGUCACCUGUAACGCUCAAAUACAUAGCGCUGAGUUAUUUGGAAAUGACAGUUACCCAAUAUCCAACGGAAGCAGCGCGCCAGGAAGCAAUAACGCCACUAAAAACACCAGUGUACCAACGCCACGGCAAGAGACUUCAACACUUACUGAAGAACAAACAACAACAACAAAGUAUAUAACAAAUACGUUUCAAAAUACAACACACUCCAUUAACAUCAACCAAAAUGAACAGAGCACCUGCAGCACAGAGAAAUAUAAAACUGGAAUAAUGAUCAGUAUUAUUAUAAUUGCUGUCCUGGUCCUCGUGUGUGCUAUUUUAAUCAUUUGCUCGGUCAUACUUGCAAAUAAAGUUGCUAGUCUUAAAAAUAAACUAGCUACGUCAAAACGUCAAGCACGUAGCAACGGCGACUUUCUAAGCGCUUCCAGUAUCUUGUGGCCAUCAGGCAUGGAUACGUGGCAAAAGAAAGCCCAGCUGGUUAGUCAUACGAUGGAUGAGAUUUCACUGGAAGACAGAAACGAGGCUGAAGAAGAGAAAAAUCAGCUCAUGCUCAGUCCGAUAGACGACAAGUCAAAACACUCUGCCGAAGACGGAACGGCAACCCUGGAAAAAGACUGCAGUUCCCAAGCUAAGAUCAUAGUGGAGAUUUAACACAU